GAAAACAAAAACCCAUCCACCCCACAAUUCCGACGCCACCCACACUCACCGGAGCGACGCCAAGCAGGCACCAUCAGGCAUCGCCUCCGGCAGGCAACCAGAGCCUCCCCAUCGUCACCUCCAGCUACUUCACCUCCCCACCCCCCGCCGCCGGUGCCGCGCCACUUGCUCGCCGCCUCCUAGAGCGGGCGGGGGACCACCAGGUACACCACUUCGUCCGUGCCCGGUGUUGUCUUCCCUUCGCCCCUCUUCCAGCUCUCCGAGUCCACCCGCGCGCCGGAGCUGGGAGGGAGGAAACCAGAUGCUGUUCUGCUGCUCUCUCUCGCCCCCGGGAAUCCAAACUUAUCCGCUCCCACCAUUCCAGCAGCAGAGCAGCUCCCCGCGGAAAGUACGCAGCUUCGGCCGGCACAAGAGCAGCAAGGCCGAGCAUCAAUAUUUCAGGGCGCAAUCUUCCCGGGCGCGGACCAGGGACCAACCUUUGCGUGCCCAAACGCACCCAGAUGAUGGCUACGGCCCUCCGGAGCAAGACCCUGAGGCCGAGGGGCGCUCGCCAGGCUCCCCGGACGCGGAGACGCUUGCUUCCUGGUUGCGUUCCUGCGGCACCGUGGCCGAUGUUCGGCGAGUGCACGGGGUUGCUGUGCGGUCGCCGGAUGGCCCGGGGAUUUUCCUGGCUAAUAAUUUGAUCACUUCAUAUGCGAGGUUCCAUGAGAUUUCAGACGCGAGGAAGGUGUUUGAUGAAAUGCCUGAGAGGACCGUUGUGUCGUGGACGGCUAUGAUGAAUGGGUAUCAGAAAUCGGGCAGCUACAGUGAGGUCGUCAGGCUGUUCUUGGAUAUGAUGGCCAGCGGGGAGCGAGGUAACAGCUUGAGUUUCGUCUGCUUGUUGAAGUCUUGUGGUGAGCAAUCCAAUGCUAAGCUAGGGCGGCAGGUCCAUUGUUGUGUUGUGAAAGGAGGGUGGAGCAACGUGAUUGUGGAUAGUGCCGUUGCACACUUCUAUGCUCGGUGUGGUGAUGUUGCCAGCGCUUCAAUGAUGUUCGAUAAGAUGACCUCUCGUGAUGUCAUCUCGUGGACAACAAUGAUCACGGCUUAUGUGCAGCAUGGGCGUGGGGAUAAGGCCCUUCAGAUGUUUCCGGCGAUGAUCUCUGAGGGAUUUCACCCUAAUGAGUUCACGGUGUGCAGCAUCCUCAAGGCUUGUGCAGAAGAGAAGGCUCUAAGAUGUGGGAAGCAGCUGCAUGGUGCUCUUGUGAAGAAGUUGUUCAAAAAUGACAUCCAUGUCGGCAGCGCUCUUGUUACCAUGUAUGCCAGAAACAGGGAAGUGUCUGAUGCUCAGGCAGUGUUUGAUAUGAUGCCUAGAAGAAACACUAUUACAUGGACUUCUCUGAUCUCGGGCUAUGCGCAGAGUAGCCAGGCUGAAAAGGCUAUCAUGUUGUUUCGACAGAUGAAGACGCGACGGGUGUCUGUUAACAAUCUUACCAUUGUUGGUCUUCUUAGUGCCUGUGGCUCCAUAAGAUCACUCAGUCUUGGUAAGGAACUGCAUGCACAGGUAAUAAAGAAUUCAAUUCAGGAGAAUCUUCAAAUUGGGAGUACGCUUGUUUGGUGCUACUGUAAAUGUGGAGAGUAUACAUAUGCUGCACGAAUUCUAGAAGAAAUGCCAGACCGUGAUGCUGUCUCAUGGACAGCUAUGAUUUCAGGCUACAAUAGUGUUGGUCAUAGUGCUGAAGCACUCAAGUCAUUAGAUGAUAUGUUAUGGGAUGGUGUGACUCCAAAUACCUACACUUAUUCCUCAGCUUUGAAAGCCUGUGCGAAACUAGAGGCUCUGCAAGAUGGAAGGAGGAUUCACGGUGUUGUUAACAAGACUCCUGCCUUCUCAAAUGUGUUUGUGGGAAGCUCAUUGAUCGACAUGUACAUGAGGUGUGGAAAAGUUGACGAAGCUCGACGAGUCUUCAACGCCAUGCCAGAACACAACUUGGUAACAUGGAAAGUGAUAAUUACAGGAUUUGCUCAGAAUGACCUCUGUGAAGAGGCUUUUAAGUAUAUGUACCUAAUGCAGCAACAAGGGCACGACGCUGAUGACUUUAUGCUUUCAAAAGUUCUGACAUCAUGCGGUGAUCUUCAAUGGAAGUCAGAUUCCAUCUCUUUUUCUGGCUCGAAUACUGGUUCACUCAGAUAGAUUUGUACUUAUUGUGCUAAUGUUAUCAUAAAGCUGCACAUGUGGCUCUGCUGACCUCAGAUUGGUUGACCUGUUGGCCUAACGUUGCAGCUCAUGCUAAAAGAAGGUGUUAUUUCCUGGUAAUAUGUGCGGAGAAUGCGUAGUUUGUGAAUAUUUUUUCAAGAAGCGUAUUUCUUUUUUCUUGCUUGAUGCUAUAUAUCAAUUUAACAUGUUCUCUAAUAUUUUUCUCACUAAAUUCUGUUCUUGUUCAUUGAAAGAAUCUAAAACCCAAGAUGUUACUUAGAUUCAGAAAGUUUCCAUCCACUUCAUCGGUUUGUUGCUUGAAUAGCUGAUUCUUGCUCUAAUGUUUAGCUUGUCAUAUAAUGUAAUCAGAUACAGUCCCCUCUUAUUUCUGAAUACUUGGGAAAGGUGAUGACAGAGAUAAUGAAACAAGAGCAAAUAAUUGAUGGAGUAAAGCCGUUGCAAUAGUUAUUCUAAUGAAAUGUUCUAUGUCAAAAGUAUUAGUAACAAGCAGCCUGUUAUUAGUUAUCCGUAUACUCUUCCACAUCAGAUCCCCUGUCUGGCCACUUCUUUCCUUUUAUCUUCAUCAUUGAACAGAGAAACAAACUGUAAGAAUACCUUUUGUACUUCAUCUUCUAAGACAUCGCUUGAUUGUUACAUUGUGAAGGAGAUUGCCAUAUGAGUACAUGAUAGAUACAAUUAUUAAUGAUUUCUGCAUUGAAGUCACGCACUACAACUAAAAGAAGAAUGUUAGUUCCUUUUCCAGUACCAUAUGUAUUUUUGUCAUGGAAAUGCAAAUCUUACAAUGAAUACUUAAUGCAUGCGUAAAUAGUGAAAACAUUUGUGACAGAAACACUCGAUCUCCAUAUUAAUAUGUCUGACAUGAGUACAGUGUGAAAUGCCAAUUUUGUUUGUUCUUGGCUUCACCUAUGUCUAUUUUCUGGUUUUGUCACUGCCUUGUAUUGUUUGUAGCAGUAAAAUUACCCAUAUCAACAUCAAGUGUUUGGUUAAUUCUAUUGCAUGGUGCAUGAAUAGAGAACAUGCGCAUGUGUCAUUUCUCUCUGUUUAUUUUCUGGAUGCAUGGCAGAUUUUUUUUUAUUUUUAGAAAAGGAGGUUGACCUCCGGCCUCUGCAUCAAUCGAUGCAUGCAGCCAUAUUAUUAAAAGGCGUAACAAGGUCUUCCACGUUUUUUAUUGAAUUGGCAAAAACUAGCACUUCCAUAUUUUUUAUUGUGGCAGCUGUCUGGGGCUCCAAAAAAUCUAGGUGCUGGAGCUAGGGGUAUAUUAAGGGUGUUGACAUAAGCCUUCUUUAUUCAUGUUAGACUGAAAAUUUAUGCUAAUGGUACUUUAUUUAGCCUACAAACUCCAGGUCUUGCAAGAAACAGGGAGUUGGAGCUCAUUACCUUAACUUGUCUGUGGCCCCAGAGGACAGUUCAAUUUAGUUCAGCAAACACUAGGUGUAUGCAAUUCAUGACUAACCUCUUUAAGUCUGUCUGAACUUCAUUUGGAUCAUAUAGCCUGAAGAAAUUGACACCUUUCUCUUUGGGAAACCAAAAAAAAACAAUUAAAGUGAUUUUUUGAAACAAACAAUUAAAGUGAUUUCAAAUAGUUGGAAUUUGAAUAACUGUAAAGUUCAGUUAAAUAUACAGAAGUGCGAUGCAGUUCUGGACUCGUAUCUUUGAAGCGCCUAGAUCAUAAAUUCUGACUGCAGAACUUGUGGAAGCUAACAUAUUUUGCUUUAAGAUAGACACGAUACAUCAAUCUACUGAAUCCGAAUAUGUAUAUUGGGCAGUUUAUAAAACCAAGUAGUGAAUUGAAUGUGGUAACUCCUUUUGCACACUGUUCUAUUGCCUUCUAACUCAUAUUGCAUAAUUGCAGUUUUCUCCUCCAAACAAUUCUGUCAAUCAUCUCGCUGCUUACAAUUGGGUAUAUAAUUUCUACAUUGUAUAAACAGUAGAUCUAUGUUAGCGAUAUAUUGCCUUACACAACAGCAUGUAUGUCAUGUUGCUGCCCCAUGUGGAGGUCUUUCAACAUGUUUCAUCUAUCCUCAAUGAAUAUGAAUCUUUCCCUACUGGAGAUUCCAUGGACACUAUAAACCUGUACUACUCUUUGUAUUGCUUCACACAAAAUAAUUUGCUAUGUGAAUGAACGGUUAUUUUGCUGAUUAUUUUAUUUUGUCUCCCACUUCUUGAAGCUGGCCUUAUGACUGUGGCAAGUCAGACGGAGAAUCAUGCAAAGGUGUGUCGGGCUCAAGUGAUUCCUUUUACAUUUAAAAACUGAGUCCUACUCUCCCCCCUUCUUUUUAAAAUGGAUAAUAGGGCUUACAGAUGCAAAAACAUGGCAGUUACAGAAAUGGCCAAUCUGGAUGCUGCAGAGGAAAAGGUAAAGAUAAUUAAAUCUGGGUUUGAUCUAGUUUUGGAUAGACUGAUGGUGUUCGGUAAUGAGUAAUGAUAUUUUGGCAGCAAAAAGACCGAAAGCUAUAAGAAUACCUGCCCUUUCCUUGUUCUAAUUUCUCUUAUUUUACAUCAACUUUUUUUUUAAAUAUGUGCAGAAGUAAAAUUUUCCCAAAUUGACAAAUCUCAUGAACGCUUUCAGAUACAUAAUAGAAUCUUUGUUUUAAGGCGUGUUUUCUUGACUUUUGACUGUGCUCAUCUUGCCCUAAUAUCAAGUCCAGGUCACAACUGUUGGAAAUGACAGUCUCUCCCUUCUAGCACGGCAGCACAUUACACAAACACAAGUAACUGAUUAUACCUUAAUACUGAUUUUGGUGCAGCAGCACCAAGCAGCUUUGCCUACACCUUAUGGCAGCACAAAUGGGUCACACUAACUAGAGCAAAAAGUGAUGGUUUUUGUGCUGCAAAGCUGGGCAGCUUUUUAGUAGCUCAUUCAGACAUAUUUAUAGAGUACAAGUAUUCGUGUUCUAAUGGACUUUGGCUACUGAACCUGGACAUGUUCAUGCUGCUUCUAGUGCUCAAUAAAUGAGCUACAAAAUAUCUAAAUUCUAGUCUACAAUACAUGUAUAGAAACUAGAUUUUGCUACUAGAAUAGCCAAGCAGAAAAUAGUGAUCAAGACUUGUCUUUACGGAUGGGAACUCUAUUUAUCUAGGCAAUUCCUCAUAUCUGAUGCACUGGACAGCCACCAUGGUUGGUUUGCCUUCCUUUGAAGCGGAAUGAAAUAGAUAGUUUGACACUGCUAUGAGUUGCCUCCAAAUACAUAUCACCUAUUGCAGUGCCACGGCAUUCCAACUAUGGUUCAUCUCUGCCAUCCUAAUGUGUUCCCCAUCAGGUUUUUUACCAGAGAAAAGGGGUAAUUGCAAUAAAAAGCAGGCAUAAUUAGCUUAAUAACAUAGCUGAACUGUGUAGGUUCCCAGUAACGUCAAUGUUGGGACUUCACCAAGGGGGCUUGCACAUUCUUGUUAUUUCCAACACCUUAGUGAUCUGUUGCAUCUGAAAUUUGUUCAGUGCCUGUGAGAAAGAUUCUGAUAGACGAAGAUGCAGUGUAGUAUAAUCAUUAGAGGCAACAACAAAAGCAUGUUUCAGUUGCGAUGUUUUGUGCCAUGCAUUGUGCUGGUUCAACAGCUUUCUAUGUUGCUUAAGCAUGCUACUCAAGUACUACACUGUGCGGUAACAUCAUUCAUAUCUAAUGAAACACCAAUGUUGUGUAUUGAUCAACACAAUACAUCUCAAGCGAGAGGUGUUGGCUGGAAGUAUAUAUCUUUCUGUUUUUUUUAUGAUGUACUCCCUCCGUAACUUAAUAAGUACUCCCUCCGUCCGGAAUCACUU